UGACCGGAUGUUGGGAUCCUCUUGUUGUUACUUUCCGAGCCGGCCGCGAAGGAGGUCCUCGCUGACAAGCAGAACGCCUCGAAGGGGAUCGAAAAGCAGCAAAAAGUCACAAAGCCGGUCUUGUGAGAGACUCUUCUGAUAACAGCUGACUCGGAAACUGCGGAAUGGAGAGACAGAAGCUGCUCACCCCAGUGAAUAGCUACGGGUCCCAGGAUGGGGAUACGAGGCCAAACCUGGGCUUUACUUCCAUUCAACCAGAAGAAGAGGAGCUCCGCAGGCGUCUGAAGUAUUUCUUCAUGAGCCCCUGUGACAAGUUUCGUGCCAAAGGCCGCAAGCCAUUCAAACUGGUGCUCCAGCUGAUCAAGAUCCUAAUAGUCACCAUUCAGCUCGUCCUCUUUGGGCUCAGCAAUCAGAUGGUGGUCACCUUCAAAGAGGAGAACACGAUGACGUUCAAGCACCUCUUCCUGAAGAACUAUGUGGAUGGGGCAGAGGAGACCUAUGCAGUUUAUACACAGGCAGAUGUCUAUGAGCACAUGGUCUACGCGGUGGAUAAGUACCUGGCCGUUGCGAACGAGACAGUCGGACGCUAUGCCUACGUGCAUGCGGGGAGCGCAAACCAGUCGGCGCUCAUGCUUUGCCAGCAUUACUAUCGGAAAGGAAGGAUUGACCCGGCCAAUGACACCUUCAACAUCGACCCCAAAGUCAUCACAGAGUGCCUUGGUGUGGAUCCCCCACAGAAUAUACCUUCUGCUCAGGACUCUGAGGAGACGUCUGGAGCCCUCCUGGAGCCAGACCGCAGCUACAGGAACUUCACUCUCAAGUUUUACAAGCUCAUCAAUGUCACCAUCCGGUUUAAGCUGAAAGCCAUCAACAUCCAAACCAUCAUCAACAACGAAAUCCCGGACUGCUACACCUUUUCCAUCACAAUCACAUUUGACAAUAAAGCACACAGUGGCCGAGUGAAGAUUCACUUGGACAACAAAGUGGAUAUCCAGGAAUGCAAAGACCCCAGUGUCUCUGGCAAAGGAGACAACAGCUUCCGGAUGUUCUUUGACGUGGUGGUGCUCCUCAUCUGCGUACUAUCUUUCAUCCUGUGCGGCCGCUCCAUCAUCAGGGGGCUUCUCCUGCAGCAUGAGUUCAGCCAUUUUUUCCAGCGCCGCUACAAUCAAGACAUCUGCUUGUCCGACCGCCUGGAAUUUGUGAAUGGUUGGUACAUCCUGCUGGUGGUGAGCGACAUCCUUACUGUGUCCGGAACUAUCAUGAAGAUUGGGAUUGAGUCCAAGAACUUUGCCAACUAUGACGUAUGUGGAAUUCUCCUGGGCACCUCUACACUCCUGGUUUGGGUCGGCGUCAUGCGUUAUCUCAGCUUCUUCCAGAAGUACAAUAUCCUCAUUGUCACCAUGCGGGUUGCCCUCCCCAACGUCAUCCGUUUCUGCUGCUGUGUGGCCGUCAUCUACCUGGGCUACUGCUUCUGUGGUUGGAUUGUGCUGGGACCCUACCAUGUCAAGUUCCGCACCCUCUCAAUGGUGUCAGAAUGCCUUUUCUCACUCAUCAACGGGGACGACAUGUUUGUGACCUUUGCCGCGAUGCAGCAGAACAGCUACUUGGUGUGGCUUUUUAGCCAGGUCUACCUGUACACUUUCAUUAGCCUGUUUAUCUACAUGGUGCUCAGCCUCUUCAUUGCUCUCAUCACUGGCUCCUACGAGACCAUCAAGCAUCAGUCUGAGGGGGAAGCGGCCAUCACCCAGCUCCACGCUUACAUAGCCGAGUGCAAAGACAGCCCCAAAUCGGGCAAGUUCCGCCGGGACAGUGCUUCCUCGUGUUCGGUCUUCUGCUGCUGCGAGAGAACCCCACUGCAGGAGAACGUCCUGGUGGUGAACUGAGCGCUGUGACAGAGAGCGAGAAGGACUGCCUUGACUGAUCAUUGCUGGGCACGGACCUGCAGGUGGACCUCUGAGACUGACGAUGCCUCCUGUCUCCUGUCUUCCGGCAGGAACUAGGAUGGGAGGGAGCAGCCGAUAUCCUUGCCUCCUGCGGGCUGCGACUUUAUGUGCCGGUUCCACAGAGAGCCGUUGAGACAGUCCUUGGUGUCUGAGCAACAGACACUUGGGGGACCAGGGGGAGGGGGCGGGGACUAGCGUUUUAACCAGUAUCUCCCCCAGUCUUGAACUGGCGCUGCAAUAGUCCCGGCUGAUUUAUUGCUGGCCUGUGUGUACCGGCUUUUCCCAGGCUCCCUGUGGGAUUAGCAGGUUUGCCAGGCAGUUGCAGCGAGGGAAUGCAGUUUUGCUUUAGUUUUUUUUUAUAAAAAAAAGGUUUUAUUUUGGAAGAAAAAAGACUUACAAAAGGUCACACCAGGAGUGAGUCAAGGUGAAGCCCUUUACAUCGCUUUUGAGGACCUUGGAGGUUUCCACACUGCCUGCGCAUCAACUUUUUCAAGUGCCACAUUUGCCUCCGAAAGACUGGCGCAAAGGUUUUGCUUUGUUUCCCGCAAGCACCUGACAUCUGGCUGGCACCUGGCAGGUUCAGGAUGCUAUAGGAUGGAUUUUAACAAAGCCUCUAUGUCGUAAGGGGUGGGGAAGCCGUUUCAAAACACUGGGGUGGAGGGCAAGGCUUUUCCUGCCUCGUCCUGUGCAGGAUUUGCUCUGGGGUUUGGCUAAAGUGUCCUUCCCAUCCUCUUCUAGUCCGUGGCCUUCUAGCUGUUUUGGUUUGGAACAGAUUCUGUUCUCGAUCGGGCAGGUAGGCCUCUGUUAAGGAUGCCACAUCUAAUCCCAUUCUGCAGCCUCUGUAGAGACAACUGUGCUGGGCAUGGCUUGUGUUUCAAUCAGGUAUCAGUAAAUCAAUUUAUUUCCCCUGGAUUGUUGCACAGGAAGAUUGCAGCAUGCUCACUGGUCAAGUUUAGGAUUAAGAGAAUAUGGGAUUUUAAAUGAACUGUGAGUAGGCUAAGACUGGAAUCUACUUUGGAGACCAUGUUUUUCUGCUUCAGAAGAGGCACUUGCCUACAGCUAAGGCAUGGGACUGCUUUCUGCGGGUAGUUUGAUCUUCAAGGCAGUCUCUUGCACACAAUUCCAUGUUGUUUGGGAUUUUGCAUUGAGGCUAAGGAAGAUAUUGGUAUUUAUGCCAACGAGGGAUCACCACAUCCACUGAUUCCCCAGAGUGCUCUGGCUCUACUCCGAAACAGUUGCUUUUAUGAGUAAGGACACCAUUUUCUCCUGCUUUCUCUGGGCCUUCUUUAGAAAAAUGAGCUCUGUUCCAGGAGACGAGGGGGAUUAUUGCAACUCUUCACUUCAGGCACAGAAAUGUCUACGACCAGGUUUAAAAUU